UCGGAGACACACUUGCACCGAGAGCAGCCAUAGUCAAGACACGGCAACAACAACAGCGGCACCUCCUCCGCUGUGUGCCCAUUCCCCAACAAUACACUUUAAACCGAGCAAAGCCAGGUGCACGACCAAGUCCCUGCCAUCACUGGCGCCUCCAGUCUCAAUGGGAAAAACCUUUUUUCUUCUUAUCCCUAAACAAGGACGAGAAUGUGAUUAAAAACGGGGGAAAAUGCCAAGGAGGAAGCAGGAGCAACCCAAGCGCCUGCCUUCACAUUUGGACGGUCAUGAAGAGGGAGGGCCGGACAAUGGUCCCGUGGAGGAGGAGGGCUGGUUUGGGAAUGCCUCUGAUACGCGCUCUGAGUCAUCGUAUGGAGACACUCAGGACGAGUUGCUGUGUGCCCGGGGCUCCUCUCCAGAGGAGGGGCCUGGAGCCAGUGCUGGCUCCACAGACCACGACACCUGCGGAGCUGACAGCUCUCUGGGUAGCUCCACACCCGUGCACCGUGCCUCUCUGGAGCUGUUGGGGCUGGACGGAGGGGUGUUCUCAGCCCAGGACACUCUGUCGUCGGUGGUGUCGUCACUGUACGGGGAGGCGGCAUCUCGAGCCCUGGGCAAACCCCUCAGCAGUAACCUUCGACGCCUCCUAGAGGCAGGCUCACUCAAACUGGACUCUGCUGACCUACUGGGACGCACCUCUCGAGGGGAAUCUCCUCCUAUAGGCCUCGCCCCACCCCUCACCUUGUCCCCAUCCUCACACCACGCUCAGCAGCUAAGUGCUCUUGCCCGAAAACUUGCAAAUAACAACAGUGGCUCAGCGUCGCCAGCCUCCUUGGCACCCUCAGUUACCAACAUCAAGCAGGAGCCCUUGGACCCUUUUAACUCCCCCAGCAAUGGCAGUGGCUUUGUUUGGGCAGGGGUCACAGAUAAGUGGCCCCCAGCCAGCUGCUCUACACCCUGUGGCUCCAGCCUGUCUCCGGACUCUGCCAUACAGAAGCUCAAAGCAGCAGCCAAUGCUGUUCUGCAGGACAAGAGCGCAGUGGCCUCCUCCACCUCCUCCUCCUCUUCAUCCACCUCCUCUAUAGUGCCCGCUCUGGGGAACGCGGGGAGAACAGAUGACAUGGUACGCUUCGAUGCCUUCAACUCUCCCUUCAGCCCACAGUCGGCCAGCUCCACUCUCGCCGCACUUUCCAAGAAAGUCAGCGAGCGAAACCAGGCCUCCACGACCAGUGCUGCCUCUGACCACCAGUCCCCAGCCAGCUCCUUCCUCUCUCUGGUGUCCAUGACCUCCUCUGCUGCCUUGCUCAAAGAGGUGGCAGCCAGAGCAGCGGGAAACCUGCUCGCAGAGAAGAAGGAUGGCUCCCCCUUAAGCACGUCCACGGUCCUCCAAGAGGACGUCAAACCUCUGCUGGAGAAGAACCAGAAGGCACCUACGCCCACUACACCCACCCAAGGCCUCGAGCUGCUACUGCCCUCCACCCCGAAGGGCAGGGCCAAGCCCAACAGCCAAGCAGGCUCUCCGGAGGAUGGUGGCAAACCGUUCCAGUGUCCGGUGUGUGGACUGGUCAUCAAGCGCAAGAGCUACUGGAAGAGACACAUGGUUAUCCACACAGGCUUGAAAAGCCACCAGUGUCCCCUGUGCCCCUUCCGCUGCGCUCGCAAAGACAAUCUCAAGUCCCACAUGAAGGUCCAUCAGCACCAGGACCGAGGAGAGACGUUUCAGUGUGAACUGUGCCCCUUCACCUCCUCCCGACACUUCAGCCUGAAGCUCCACAUGCGCUGCCACCAGCACUUUCCCCGCACAGACGUCAAGGUGAAGGAGGAGCUGACCACGGACACGGAGGGUGAGGGCUCCCAGAUGGGUGACAGCACCCCAGGGGAGCUGAGAGGAAACGAGGUGUCCCCGCUGCGCCGGGACACCCACACGAACUCCUCCCCUCCUCUGGAGGCCUCCUCCAAUCAUGUCCACAUCAAGGAGGAGCCCCAGGAGCGCGACCUGUCUGUGCUGUCUCCCUUCAGCCUUUGUCGUGAGCGCCCCAGCAGUAGUGCCAACUCCUUGGACCUGCCUGGAGUCACUGUGGGGGUCCGCUCCAGCCCCACUGCCCCAAACACAGCCUCCAUUUUCAGCCCAGACAUCAGCACCAAGACGGCCACGGACCUGCUUAUAAAGCUCUCAGCGGCCAAUCAGAGAGAGUCCAUGAAGUCUCCAUUCCACCUGAAGGAGGAGCCCAAAGUGGAGGAAGCCCUGAGCCCCAGACCUGCCUCCCAGUCCCAGGUGCAGACGGGGUUUCCCAGCCCCUUCUGCCAGGACGGACCCUUGGGUGCCACUGCCACCCCGGAGCGCCCGGCCACACUCAAACCACGGGAAGACAGCCCCAUGUCCAAGAACAACCUGCUCAGUCACGAUAUCAGCGUGAAGGUGGCAUCGGAACUGCUCAUCAAGCUAUCAGAAAACAACAAAGACGCCCAGUACCAGAAGGUGACGGUAAAGGCCGAGCCCAUGGAGGUGGACCCGCCCCCCACAGAGCUCACCCCUCCUGCCCCUCACCUACUGGCCUUCAGCACUUUAGGGGCGAGUGACAAGACUGAGCCAAUGAGCAACCUCCCCAAGACGCUGGCCCGCCCUCAAAAAGACCUCUUCUCCCAGGACAUAUCGGUCAAAAUGGCCUCCGAGCUCCUGUUCAAACUGUCAGAAAAAGUCAGCAAAGCCAACAACCAUAAAGACGGAAACAUGGUGGGGAAAAACAGUCCUUUUCUGGACGAGUGCUUCAGACAAUCACCCUUUAACUCGCGCUCCAAGAGCUCAUCCCCCGCAGAGGCCAGCUCCUCCAACCGGCCCGACCUCAACGACUCAGAAAAGGACAACGGCGAGCCUGGCAACGGGAUCGCCCAGUGGAGACUGAAUGAGCAGCUCUUCCCCUGUCCAGUCUGUGGCAAAGUAUUCGGAAGACAACAGACCCUCUCCAGACACCUCUCCUUACACACGGAGGAGAGGAAGUACAAGUGUCACCUUUGUCCUUACGCCGCCAAGUGCAGGGCUAACCUCAAUCAGCACCUGACCAUCCACUCUGUCAAACUGGUCAGCACAGACGCAGAGCAGAUCGUCACCGCGGUAACAGCCGACUCCACUGAGCGCAAGAACUGCCCCUACUACUACAGCUGCCAUGUGUGCGGUUUCCAGACGGAGAUGAACGCCCAGUUUGUCAGCCACAUGUCUCUCCAUGUGGACAAGGAGCAGUGGAUGUUCUCCCUGUGCUGCAGCGCCUGCGACUACGUGUGCAUGGACGAGGGCGACAUGAAGGGACACAUCAGCACCGGACACGCAGUCCUAAACUCCAGAAGUCCCCUCAGUGAGACCAAGAGCACCUCCUCGUCCCUGUCGGCCCUCAGCGACUCCCUCAACAGCUCUGAGGGCGGAGACCACAGCAGCGAAGAGCUCAAGAGCCUGUUGGCCCCGCCCUCUUCGGCCGGCAGCCAGUCUAGCUCUGGGAGCCACUCUGGAUCAGGAACAGAGGAUAAAAAUGAAAAAGGCUUGGAGUGUGUCUUCUGUAACUUUGUGUGUAAGACGCGCAGCAUGUAUGAGCGGCACCUCCAGAUCCACCUCAUCACCCGAAUGUUCGAGUGCGACGUCUGCCACAAGUUCCUCAAGACGCCCGAGCAGCUGCUGGAGCAUAAAAAGUGCCACACCGUCCCUUCCGGAGGGCUCAAGUGCCCUUUCUGCAUCUACUCCACUAAUCGUCCGGCGGCCAUGGAGUGCCACCUCAAGACGCACUGUAAGAUGGAGUACCGCUGCCGCAUCUGCCAAGGACUGUGGCCUGACCAGGCCGCGCUGGAGGGCCACAUGCGCGCCCAUCGCCUGGGCAACCACUACAAGUGUGAGCAGUGCGGCUACCUGUCCAAAACGGCCAACAAGCUGAUCGAGCACGUGCGCGUGCACACGGGCGAGCGGCCCUUCCACUGCGACCGCUGCUCCUACAGCUGCAAGCGCAAAGACAACCUCAACCUGCACAAGAAGCUCAAGCACGCGCCGCGCCACCCGCUGGCACGGUGCCACGACUGCCCCCUCAACACCAUGCACCCCUUCGUCUACAGCCGCCACGUCAAGAAACGCCAGCGCACGGCGGAGGAGGACGAGGAGGAGGAGAGGGAGGAGAGGGUGUCUCCGGCCGGGUCACACUUCCUGUUAGGAGCAGGAAGCAGCGGGGGCAGCAGCAGCAGCAGCCCGCUCAUGAACCUGAGUGCCUCCCAGGCUCUGCAGUCUGUGGCCCUGUCUCUCACCUUAGGCAAGUCCCUCCAACCCAUAGACCAGCCCAUGGACCACCCCAGUGCUAACGGCCCCUCCCUCCGCUCCCCUCUAGAGCACUACACAAACUGUGAGCGCCCCCUUAUCCCCCUCACCACCCUCUACACAUUCCAGAGGCCUGGCACCUCCCCGCUGCUCGGCCCCUCCCCCCCGCUCACCUUCUCCUCGUCCCACAAACACUCCUUCCUGGCUUACCUGGGACUCACCGAGAGGGCCAAGACUGUGUGACUCAAGAGCGCCCCCUGACUCCGACUGCGGGCGCUCGCUCUUUUCCAAUCAGACCAGCAGAAUAAGCUGGAGCAGACUCACAUAUUGAACAUAAAAACAUUUAUAAGAGUAAAAGGCUGUACAUGCUAAAGGCAUUUAUAUCAAGAAGCUGCUUUUCUUAUCAGUUCUAUCAAUUGAAUUAUUACUACUUCAGCUACUACUCUCUGACUUUCUGUUUUUAAAUGUCUGAAUGAGCUGGAACCGGUUGCAUUAUCCGAGGAAACUAACGUAUCUCCGUUUUAUAGCUAUUUUCUUUAGUCGUUUGACAAUAUAAAAGUUGAAAAAGACAAAGGAAAACUUGCAAGUGCUAUAUUUUAGUGCAUUUUUGUCUAUUGCUAUUAUGCAUCAAAAUAGCAUGCCUGGUUCUGUGUUUCAACCUAGCUUUGGCGUCAUUAGGAAGCUAAAUUCAAAAUCUUCUCUCAAGUGUUCGCGGCGGACAGGAACGAAGCGUUUCUCACGGGAGGAAAGGCACGUUUCCAAAGCAACACCUCAAAACCACGCACUUACUUAUUUAUCAAUCUUGUACAUAGUUUUUGUAGCCCCUCCCUUUCCCAUGUUUGUUUUAUUUUUUGUUUGUUUUUUUGUGAAUUCAUAUUAUGCAUAACUGCUGCCUCAUAUCCCUGGCGUCUCAAGAUCAAUACCGUUUUUAAAGCUUACAAAAAUAAGCUGUGAACUUGAUAGACGCGACAUUAUUAGUAUGUUAUUAUAUUGAAGUAUUUGCACUCCCUGGUGAAAAGGCAGUUAGUACAAUUAGCUGGACAAGGUGAAUCAUAAUUGCUGAGACCAUGCGAAUAUGAAUGCGGCUUUAUAUGCACACUAUGUAUCACACAUCUAUACUUAGAGGAGAUAUGAGAUAAUUGUUUUGUGGAGGUGACCGGUGCCCACGUGCACGGGACGCCACAGGCCGAUUCAAUGGUGCUUUUUGGAGAUUUUUGUAAUUUUUUGUGUAUAAAAAAAGAAAAAAACUGUUCCAAAAUGACUUGAAUGAAUGUAUUUUCGUUGAUGUACAAGUGAUGGAGAAGUGUGAACAGGGACGUCGUCUGGAAAGCUAGUGGUGGCCUUCUGUGUCAUUUUUGUCUUUUUCAUGUUAUUUUUUUAUUAUUAUUUUGACUUUUGUACUGAGCCUUUUACAUCAUGACAUUUUCUACUAACACGCAAAUACGGAAUAGAGCUGCAGAAGGCGAAGAAAAGACGCCGGCAGACACGGUACUUAGUGCUUCACGCCCCCUUUUUUGUUUCUGUUCAUCUUCUGAGUUUUAAUUGCACUUAGUGUAGUUACACUUCAAGCCAAAAGCACUUAAUCUUGUAUGUUCUUCUUUUGAUUUGAAAAGUCAGUCCAAGAUAUUGCUAUGUAAAUGAAGGUGUUCUUCUGAGUCCUACUAUAUGAGGUGGGUCAGUAUGGCACACAACACUGCAUGGGUGUCAGUAAUUAUGUGUAUACAAUAUUUACAUUUUCAAGCUGUUGCAAAAUCACAAUCAGCGCUGCCGUAGAAGACUCUCUCCAACCGAUUACUCAAUAUACCUACACUGAAGCACAUUUUUUCAAAUCAAAUGA